GGGUGAAAGAAAGAAGUCCUCCUCACUUCGCCACACUGUUUGGGUUUUUUUUGCCCAGUUCCCUUUAACGUGGUCAUCCAACGUGACCCGUUGAGGGGGUCCGGAGGGUAGAGUGGGAUUGGCAGGAACCGGAGCUUAUUGACAGCUGCUGGCUCUGGGCUUUGCAUUCCACAGGCUGGCACAGGGUAAAGGAGGAGGAUGGCGGUGCAGAGCUUUACAGAAUUGCUGCAUAAGUUGAAAGAGGUCCAUGAACAGGAGGUGGAAGGAUGGCAAGAAAAGGUGCUGGAACUAACCAACAAGAAAAACUGUGAUGCAAAGAGACUGGAGGAGCUGUACAACAGAAACCAGCAACUGAGAGAGCAGCAGCGGGUGCUCACGGAGAACAUCAAACAGCUGGAGAACAUGUUGCGUGCGGGCCUGUGUGAUAGGUGUACAGUCACUCAGGAAGUGGCUAAGAAGCAACAGCAGGACUACGAAAGCUCUCAGCUUCAGAGUCUGCAGCACAUCUCUGUACUGAUGAGUGAGAUCAGUGCCCUGAUGAAAGAGAAUGAAAAGCUGAAGGAGGAGGUGAAGGGUCUACGCAGACGGAUAGAGCAACAAAACGGCCACCCGGAGGAAGCUAGAAGUCCAGAAGUCAAACGCUCCCCCGAGCCUACAGCCUCUCCUUUGACCCUGCUGACCUCUGUGCUGAAGGCCGAGCGGCCGUCAGCAGGUGGCGCCACCACAUCAACGGCCAUUGUGAAGAGUGAGAACGAACACUGUCAAACCACAGAGAUGCUGUCUGAGAGGACGGAAGCAUCAAGUAAAGGAUCCGCGCACAAACAGUUGCAAGGGUGGAGUGGAACGUAUCCUUUUGAACUGAGUAAACUUCCUACUCCUGUGAGCCCGACAAACCCAGCAACAUGGAGAGAGAGGAGAGCAGUCAGCGUGGACUCCCUCCAUCUGGACAGAUCAUCUCGUCCAUCUCCAACCUCCCCAUCCCUUCCCUCUAACCUCCUUCUGCUAAGGAAAAACCCUUUGCUUUUGGAGAAACGUUGUGACAGAGUGUCCAUGCCAUUCCGACCCCAUCCUAUAUGGCCCCUGCCAGAUCACACAGACUGGGUGGCAAUGGCAAAAGCGGCAAGUGGGUCUCAUCCAAAUGUGAAUCGAGAGUCCAGCCCUUCCAUCCUGCGUUUUCCCAGUGUGGUUACUCCUACCGCAGGCCUUGAGCCCCGCUCGCAAUCUCAGGGGUCCAGCCACCCGCAACCCUGGUCAGAUCACCUCCCUAGAAGGAUAGUCUCGGAGCUGAGUGAAAGCAGAGACAGGAGAACUACAGUGUCAGUUAUAGCUUCACCCUCCCGGAAAAGUUCUGCAGCGUGGCCUGAGCGAAUCUCUGGGGAGAAUCUGAAAGAGGGGGUGGAGGAGAUCCCUCUGGACCUGUCGAGUGCAGGAGGCUCCAAAGUCAAAGAAACAGAGACAAUAGGGACAGUACAGGGCCAAUCACAGAGUGACAUGGCAUCAUUAUCUUCUUCUUCUUCUUCUUCAUCAUCAUCAUCACCUCCCGCUCCACUCUCCUCGCCAUCUUCAGCUCAGUAUGCCUCCAGCCCUCAGAGUGACCCACAGGCAGGAGAUACUAAACCACAGAGGGAAGAGACUUCGGAAAGGCCAAAGGGAGAGGUUAAAGGGGAGAAAGAGAAGAAAGUGAAUGUAGAAUUCACAGAGAACCUGAAGGUCCCCACUCUGACCAUUUCACUUCGCCCAGUUGUGGUCCUGGAAUCACUGAAAACUACAGGGCAGAAGGGGCAGGACUUUGAGCAAAAGAGCAGCAGCUCACAGGAGUUGGAGCAAGAGGAGGAGAACAACCACAGCACAGGGAGGAAGAGAGCUGGCCAGGACAAUGAAGUUUUUUCUCGAUGGCCACUAAAAGAGAAGAGAACGAGGAUGACAGUAAUGCCACAGGCGCCCAACCACGGAGACUCGGAUCAAGGCUAAACCAAGCAGAAGUGAAAUCCAAAAUCUAUGAUCUGUGCAUCCCUGUGGAUCUUCUUACUGUCCUCUCAUCAACUGGUCUCCUGACUUCCUACAAGAAACAACAAAACGAGAAGACAGGCCCUCUGCUGUAACACUGUUAGUGCGAGCCUCAAGAGACUCUCGUGCAACACACAGGAAAUAAAAAAGCAAACCACAUCUAAUCUUAGCACUUAGCACUCCUGAAGAUGCCGGUUUGCUUAGACUUUAAUUUCCAUAGCCUGAUCGCAAAGCACUGUGUCCCACGGCAGCACUCCGGGCCUUCUUCAUCAUAGCAUCUCCUGGCCAGAUCUUUGACCGGAGCAAACAGGAAGCGAGCAGCGUGCCGAGGCUGUGACUACACUUGAACUUGCAAUCGCACGUCGUUUCCUUCGGACCCUUUUGCUUCGCCCUCCUUUAGGUCUCUCACUCUCUCCCUCUCUUCCUCUCUAUACAUAAACAUUGACUCAACUCCAGUAACCCCCCCCCACCUCCCCCCCAAUCCUUUUCCCUCUGAAUCAGUUUCCACUAUUUUCACUUCUGUAAGCCAAGGUUGAUUCUCUCUCUUUCACAGAAAUAGCCGCAGUAAACUCUCCGGGCUAUUUCUGUCAGCGUUGCCGGCCUGCUGCGAACGCGUCAAACGAAAGACCCUCCUCUUCCCCUUUUUGGCUUUUUGAGACAGCAGCGCACAUAUUUUGUAAGAGUGAAUUUUCCACUUGCAGCAGCUGUGGCCAUU